AUGGAUUCUUCAGGUUUUGACGUCAAGUACCACGAUGGUGAGAAACUUGAGUCCGAAGGUGGCAUUUGUUCUUCCGAGGUCGAACGACCGAGCACGACUCCCCCCUACUCUUUUGCAAACAAGGGACGUCUUAACGGCUAUACUUGUAUACCAUAUAGUGAGUUGGAGCCAUUGGAUCAGAUGAUCUAUGACAUCGAGUUUGAGCGUCUCUCACAGCAAGCCACAAUCUCGGAAGUAGAUGAGGAUGACGAAGAGGGUGAGUUUUUACGGCGCUUAGGGUUUCCCGAUAGCGAUAUGGAACCAUUGGAUGAGGCAAUUUUAGACCUUGAAACUGACCAUAUAUUUCAUCUAGCAAUGAGCAAAGCAGAAGAAGAUGCUGUGAGUGCCGAGUUCUAUAGACGACAGUGGCUGACAAAGGAGGAUAGCAAUAUCCACCAUUACAACUGGUUCGGGACGGCUGUAUACGGCCCUAGCUCGACUCCUCCUGAGAUAUCUCUCGCAAUCAUUAUGUCUAAGCCCAAAGUCACAAAUCCCGAUCUUAACCUUAGUAUUCAUACGGUCCUGCAUCAAGCUUACUUGUAUCUUGAUCCUGUUCUCAUUGAUUUUGAUACCCCUGAAAGCUCUGCCCUCAUUAACCAGCUUCAGCGACGUUAUAAUCUCGACGAUACAAUGAAGGGCCAUGUUGUUAAGUAUUACACACCCCACGGUCUGUGGAUGUCACAGCAGGUACCAGCGAAUGACAGAACUGAAAUCGAUGAUGGCAAUGUCACUAACUACAUCAUGAACUACGGAGUAGGAAACGGAUUCAUUUCACAGAGCUACAUUACAUCAUGGAAGCAAUUCAAGGUUAACUACAAUAAGGUCAAAACCACAGAAGGAGAGCUGAAACGAGCCCUCAGGAACAAAACGGGACUACCACGCCUGUCUCCACUGCGUCAAGUCAUGACAGCUGAACCGGAAGAUGCUCCCAGCCUCAGCUCGGAUAAUGUCAGCAUGAUUGUUAACAGACAUUCAGAGCCAUCUAGCUCAGAAAAUGUCAGUAUAAUUUUCAACAGACAUUCAUGGCCAUCGAGGACUGCUCAUAGACGCUGGGUCAUAAGAAAUGACCGGCUUGCCCGAGGCGAUAUUGAUUGGCUUGAAGCCGCGGAUCCAAAUUCCUACUACUCAUUGCCGUUUCCAGAACCCGUGAGACAUGGACUAGGUGUCAAGGGUACCCUCCGGAAGGCGUCAAAGUCCGCGCUGUCGUAUUUGAUCUGUGGAGCUAGGUAG